AGCAAACGCUGCCUGCUGCCAGCAAAGAAUGAAUCAUACAUAGCGCAUCAGCUACAGGAUCAGUAGACCAUUUUGUGGAUGAUCAUAUUGAACAAUCAAUAUAAUGAGAAUGACCAUCCAUCAUGAUGUUCUAUUUCUUGAGGACGAGCGGCAUGCCUCGAGAACACCUUUUUCAUCUUGUAGCUUCACGAUGAAGUCAUGUUCUCUCAACUUCAAGAGACAUCUCAGGAUCUUCUCCUCUAACCUCCCACGAAUGGAGUCGUGUUGCACGAACACCGGAAGAGAUGUUACUAGAGGCACGAUGUGAGUACUUGAAAAAGCAAACUCAUGAAGGUCUUUUCCACUACUCAUCAACGACUACUGCGCGACUCACUAGUUCUUGUGGAAGACGAGUGGGCUACGCCAGGAGUUGUGAGGUGGGAAGAGGAAGAGGAGGCUACGCCACGAAUGUAUUGAUAAAAAGCCAGGAAUGGGAGAAGCGAACGCAGAAGCCAGGUGGAGCGGCAGGAGCGUGUUAAGAAGCUAGGAGCUGCAGAAGCGCUUUAAGAAUACACCUGAUAACUCAAAGAUGAGCAGGAGGAGCAGCAGGAUUUUUUUGAAAUUUUUAAGGGGAACAGGUGACAGGAAGAGGAGCAGGAGGAUGAAUAGUAGAGCACCACUGAUCAGGGCAACUCAGCCAUCAAGGUGAUAGUAAGAGGCGCCGGUAAGGAUAAUGAUGUAUAUUUUUGAUUUCUUCGAGGAAAUUAUCUUCUUCUUCGCGAUCGCGACCAUUAUUGAUUACUAUUGAAAAUUACGAUUACUGAAAAUCGACAACGAAGUGUUAUUCUUGCAGAUUCUUGAUACUCGUGAUCAUUACUAACGACCAUCUUGACAACUACGUAGACGCACUAUUGAUUACUAAAACUAAUACUACUCAUUAUCACAACCGGCGUUGUCAUGACGGUGUAAGCUUUUUCUCAGACUUGAUCAGGUAGCAGGGUCAGGCAUGAGGUACAUGGCGAUGACGGAUGACCAUGACCACAUCGUGGAGUCAACGCAGAUGUUCACAUUAUCAACCAGUCAAGCUGCAGGUGGCGAGUGGAAAACGGGAGCGAACCCAGAAACUCGGCGCCAAGAAACCAGAAGAAACAUGAAGGCCCUAGUUUAGAGUAGCGUCACGAACAGGAUCAUAUGUCCGGAGAAACCAUCAACAGUGAUCGUGAUUAUCCUCGCCACAGCCCAAAUCUGCAAUGUCAUGAGAGUUAAACAACAACUCAAUAUGCCAUGCUAGGAGCUGCUGCUAGCCAGACGAGUGGA